CUCUCUGCCUGAAUCUUUCUUUUUUAUCUUCCCUGUCUCUCUAUCUCUUGCUCUGUCAUUUCUUCCUUGCUCUCUAGGUUUUCGAAUCACACCAUAAAUAUGACAGCGAAAGCAUAAAUUGUAAAAUCUGGCAGAAGGGAUUGAAGUUUGGGGCGAUUGGGUUUCCAUUUCUGCGGUCGUGGUGGUGGUGGUGGUAGGGUCGCGAUGAGAGAGCUGGGUGCCGACCUCUUCGAGCCCCGGACGCUGAUGGACUCCGAUUUCUCUCCGACGAGAACUAGUGGCUCCUCCGCCGAUUCUGACUUUGGAUUUGCUUUCAACGAUCGGAAUUUCUCCGAUAGGGUCCUGAAGAUUGAGAUAAUCCCCGAUUUGCCCGACACCAAAUCAGACGGUGAUGGUUGCAUCACCUUAGCCGAGUGGGCCCGUAACCGGAAGCGCCGGAGGGAGGACAUUAAGAAGGAAAACGGUUAGUUUCCGGCUAUAAACCCUGGUGCUUUUCUUCCCCGUUGAAGUGAAUGUUCCUUGUUUCUGGAUUUUGAAUAAAUUUUCGGGUCUUAU